AUGCCAAACGGUGUGAAUGGUAACCGAGUUCUGGCCGUCGGGCGCCGAACCAACACAGCUCUGGGCCGACGACCGCUCGCCGUAUCGAUGAGAACCAAUAAAGCCGUCAACGAAAACGCCGUCCGAUCCGACGCUAACAACGCCUUUAAAGAGGUAUUGAAACGCGAAGCGGCCUCCAAUAAACCGCUCCGAUUCAAGGCGUCCAAAACUGUGGCCGUGAAUGACGAGAACGCGGAGAACGCAACGGUUCCCGCGGCUGAGAAGUCAAAGAUCCCGAUCGGCGACAAGAAGUUGGCUCUGAAGAAGACUAAACCUAAGGAGGAGCCCGUUGUCGAGCCAAUUGCUCCCCAAAAGUUAGGCUUUUCGUCACUUCUGUUAAUCCCACAUAACGUGGAGAACAUUGACUCCAAUGACGGCGAUAACGUGUUUCUCACUCCCGAUUACGUCAAUGAAAUCUACGGCUAUUUGAGACAAUUGGAGAGCGAGCAGACAAUCCGUUCCAACCACUUGUCCGCCCAGAAAGAGGUGACACCGAGAAUGCGGUCCAUAUUAGUUGAUUGGCUGAUUCACGUUCACCACCAGUUCAGACUACUUCCAGAGACGCUAUACCUCGGCAUCUCUAUUAUGGAUCGAUUCUUUCAGAGAGAAUUGAUAAGCAAAGAGAAGAUCCAAUUGGUAGGCGUGACGGCCUUCUUCAUCGCCAGUAAGUUCGAAGAGGUGUAUCCGCCGGACAUCAAAGACUUUGUGAUGAUCUGCGAUAAGCUCUACAAUAAGAAGGAUGUGAUCAAAAUGGAGUUAGCGAUCCUCAAGAGUCUCAACUUCGAGUUGGGCCGACCCCUACCCCUUCACUUCCUGCGCCGCUUCUCGAAGGCAGCGCACGCCGACUCUCGCAUCCAUUCACUCGCCAAAUACUUAAUGGAGUUGACUUUAAUGGAGUACGAGUGCUCUCAUUGGCUGCCCUCCCUAUCGGCCGCCACUUCACUCUAUGUAACUCUCAAAGUAUUGACUGAAAGCGACGAUUCAGCGCUCAAAUGGACGCCAACGCUUGAGUUCUACUCGACUUACAGUGAGGCUCAACUCAUGGCCAGCGCUUCAGCCGUUUGUAAAAUAAUUAUUAAAUCUGACAGAUCUAAGUUUCAGAACUGUCGCCAGAAGUACUCGUCGUCCAAAUUGAUGCAAAUCUCGCAAAUACCACAACUGAAGGCACCGAUCAUUGCGGAGAUGGCGGCCUUUCAGUGCUGAACAUUGUUCAGUGAAUAACCACUUAAAACAUUAACUUUUAUAAUACUUUUAUUGCUUUUAUUUUUCUAAAUUGAGUCUUUGAUGACUUAAUCAUUCGCGUAUUUUUUAAUUCAUAAGAUUUUAAUAAAAUGUACUCUUAUUAGCAAUUUGAACAAAAUUUGCAAAUUUCCAU